GACGCCUCAGCACUGUGGCUGGAUCGGGUCCACACAUGGCAUCACUGGAGCCAGGCCUCACCAAGUCCCUGAACGGGGGCCCCAUGCCCCCACAGCGCCCUGGCACUCGGGACCAGACCUACCUGGAUGAGCUCAUCAGCAUCCCCAAGGGCAGCGGGCCUGGGUUCAGCUUUAGGAAACUCUGGGCUUUCACCGGUCCCGGCUUCCUCAUGAGCAUCGCCUACUUGGACCCAGGCAACGUGGAGUCGGACCUGCAGAGCGGGGCGCUGGCGGGGUUCAAGCUGCUGUGGGUGCUGCUGUGGGCCACCGUCCUGGGGCUGCUGUGCCAGCGCCUCGCCAUCCGUCUAGGCGUGGUGACCGGGAAAGACCUGGGCGAGAUUUGCUACCUCUAUUACCCCAAGGUGCCCCGUGUGCUGCUCUGGCUCAUGAUUGAGAUCGCCAUCAUCGGCUCUGACAUGCAGGAGGUGAUCGGGACAGCCAUUGCUUUCAGCCUGCUCUCAGCUGGCCGCAUCCCCCUCUGGGGUGGGGUCCUUAUCACCAUCGUGGACACCUUCUUCUUCCUCUUCCUCGAUAAGUACGGGCUCCGCAAACUGGAGGCUUUCUUCGGCCUCCUCAUCACCAUCAUGGCCCUGACCUUUGGCUAUGAGUAUGUGGUGGUGAGGCCAAGGCAGGUGGAGGUGCUGAAGGGCAUUUUCCUGCCCAGCUGCCCGGGCUGUGGGCGAAACGAGCUGCUGCAGGCCAUGGGCAUCAUCGGCGCCAUCAUUAUGCCCCAUAACAUCUUCCUCCACUCCUCCUUGGUCAAGACACGGCUGAUCGACCGCGCCAAGAAGGAAGCAGUGCAGGAGGCCAAUAUGUAUUUCCUGACCGAGUCCUGCCUGGCCCUCUUUGUCUCUUUCCUCAUCAACCUCUUUGUCAUGGCUGUCUUUGGCCAGGCUUUCUACCACCAGCGAAAUGAGGACGUGCACAACAAGUGCAUCAACAGCAGCAUCAGUCACUUCGCCGGCAUCUUCCCCACCAACAACGAGACAGUCUCUGUGGAUAUCUACCAGGGGGGUGUCAUCCUGGGCUGCUAUUUCGGGGCAGCAGCACUGUACAUCUGGGGCAUCGGGAUCCUGGCAGCAGGACAGAGCUCCACAAUGACCGGGACUUACGCAGGGCAGUUCGUCAUGGAGGGCUUCCUGCAGCUCCGCUGGUCCCGCUUCGCCCGGGUGCUCUUCACCCGCUCCUUUGCCAUCCUGCCCACUGUCUUCGUGGCUGCUUUCAAGGAUGUCAGCCACCUCACAGGCAUGAAUGACCUGCUCAACGUCCUGCAGAGCAUCCUGCUGCCUUUUGCCGUCCUGCCUGUCCUCACCUUCACCAGCCUGCACCCGCUCAUGCAGGACUUCAGCAACAGCCUCCCGGGGAAGGUGCUGAUGACCCUCAUAACGGGGCUGGUCUGCGCCAUCAAUGUUUACUUCGUGGUGGACUUUUUGCCAACACUGCACGGCCUGGAAUACUACAUUCCCCUGAGCCUGCUCCUGGCUGCCUACGUGGCUUUCGUCGCCUACCUGGUAGGGCUGGCACCGCGGGAUAGGGGCGGGACAGUGUCCCUGGUGGGCGCUCAUCGACUUGUCCUCUUUGCCGCUGCAGAUCUGGACAUGCACUAUCGCACACGGAGCCCGGUUCCUGGCCCGGGGCCACCACAGCCGCUUCAAUUUCGGUCUCGCCCUCGACCCUACAGAGACACGGUGACAGAUCCCAUCCCUGCUUGUUAUCCCCACGGCCCGGCCCAGCGCAGCCUCCUGGACACGGAUUUCCUGCCACUCCGAGUCCGGGCAUGUUUUAGCCAGAGAUGCACCCAGCAAGGAAAGGGUUAUCACACAGGCAGACCUCCCCCCAAGAUCUUCGAGCUCAGCGCUUCUUCCCACCCCCAACCCCCGCCAAUUCCGGGGUGCUGGUCCAGGCUUGACGCGAGGGGAGUGGGAUGGCAGCGGGCGAUUCCCCCAUCCAUUGGCACGGACGCUCCGGUGAAUGAGCCGCGCCGGAGACUUCCCCUGCUCAUUAUGGCCAGGAUCCGCCGGCUCCCGGGACCGCUAAUUACCGCCGGGGACCGCUAAUUACCGCCGGGGACCGCUAACCACCCGCAGCGCCCGCCGCCAGCGGGGCCAGCCCCGGGACCGGCCCCAUCCCCACGGGCGGCUCCGAAACGUGUUGGGAGGGAGACGGCAGAUAAACGGCGUGUUCGUAACCCG